AUGCGCCGUCGCGAGUCCCUGUCAGAGAUCCGCGCUGCCAAUCCCGACCUGGCCCUGACCGGCAACAUUAUCUCGGCCACCUUCAACACCCCGCAUUCGUUCAGCUAUCGCAAGGGCGGCGACUGGGACCUUAAACCUCGCCGUGGCCAGUCCGCCCUCCUCGACUCCUUCGCCUAUCUCUCGUCCGACGCUACACCAUGGAGCCACACCGUUGUCGCUUGGACCGGCGAGAUCGAGGCCCCUACCGGUGACGACGAAGUCCCCUCCCCGGCGACGCCCGCUCCCAAUACCCUCGGCGUUUCUUCCCUCAACGCCCUCUCCGCUCCGGUCCCUGUCGAUGCCAACACCCGGCUGCCGACGCCACCUCCGGUUGACGGCGGCGUCUGGAUCCCCCGUGAGGACCAGGAGCGUCUCGAGUACCGUCUGUCCCACAAUAAAACCAUCCGCACGUACCCCGUCUGGCUCGCCGACGAGAGCGAGGCCACCGAUGACGGCAUCCUCCUCAAGGAUCAGACCCGCUGGCGCCGCUAUGCCGAGUACGACCUAUACACUCUCCUCCACUACAAGCAGCAUGAGCCGACCGAUGGUCGCAAGGAGCGAGUGCAAUGGGCCGACUACUACCGCAUGAACCAAAAGUUCGCCAACAAGAUCAUCGAAAUCUACAAGCCCGGCGACAUCGUCAUUGUCCAUGACUACUUCCUCAUGCUCCUCCCUAGCAUGUUGCGCCAGCGAGUGCCCAACAUGUACAUCUCCUUCUUCCUUCACUCUCCCUUCCCCAGCAGCGAGUUCCUCCGCUGCCUCCCCCGUCGCAAGGAGGUCCUUGAGGGCGUUCUCGGCUCCAACCUCAUUGGCUUCCAAUCCUACAGCUACUCGCGCCAUUUCCUGAGCUGCUGCACUCGCAUCCUCGGCUUUCCCUCCGAUACUCUUGGAAUCGACGCAUACGGCACCCGUGUGCAGGUCGGCGUCUUUCCCAUUGGAAUCGACGCUGCCAAGGUUGAGAACUUUGCCUGGACCGCUGCGGUCAAGGAGAAGUACGAUGCUCUCAAGAAGCUCUACGCUGGUAAGAAGAUCAUUGUCGGCCGUGACCGCCUGGACAGUGUCAGGGGUGUUUCCCAAAAGCUACAGGCCUUUGAGCGCUUCCUAGAGAUGUACCCAGAGUGGCGUGAAAAGGUUGUUCUUAUUCAAGUCACAUCCCCGACCAGUGUCGAGGCCGAAAAGGAGGAUCCCGACAACAAGGUGGCCUCCGUUGUCAAUGAGCUCGUUAUGCGCAUCAACGGCAUGCACGGUAGCUUGGGAUUCUCGCCCGUGCAGCACUACCCUCAGUACCUCGACCAGGACGAGUACUUUGCGCUCCUCCGUGCCGGUGACAUUGGUCUCAUCACCUCUGUCCGAGACGGCAUGAAUACGACCAGUCUGGAGUAUAUCGUUUGCCAAAAGCAAGGUCAUGGCCCUCUGAUUCUGUCCGAGUUUAGCGGUACCGCCGGCAGCCUCAGCGAUGCUAUCCACAUCAACCCCUGGGAUCUCAGCGGCGUAGCCGAGAAGAUCAAUGCAGCCCUUACCAUGUCCGCCGAAAAGCGUGAGGGUAUGCAGACCAGCCUGUACCGCCAUGUCACCGAGCACAACGUUCAAUCGUGGACCAACAAGUUUGUCCGAAAGGUGUACAACGUCCUUGGCGAUACCACCACUGCCAACUCCACUCCUCUGCUAGACCGAGCUUUCUUGCUUGCCCAAUACCAGUCCGCCACCAAGCGACUCUUCAUGUUCGACUACGACGGCACCCUGACUCCUAUUGUCCGGGAGCCCAGCGCUGCCGUUCCCUCUGAGCGCCUUAUUCGUACUCUGAAGCUUCUCGCAGCCGACCCGCAGAAUUCCGUAUGGAUCAUCUCGGGCCGAGACCAGGAGUUCCUGAAGCAGCACUUGGGACACAUUUCCCAGCUUGGUUUCUCCGCGGAGCACGGUAGCUUCAUGAAGAACCCUGGUUCGGAUCACUGGGAGAACUUGGCCGAGACAUUCCCCAUGGGGUGGCAAGCCGAGGUCAUGGAAAUUUUCCAGAAGUACACGGAUAAGGUUCCAGGAUCCUUCAUUGAGCGAAAACGAUGUGCAUUGACCUGGCAUUACCGCCUCGCCAACCCGGAGCAGGGCAUUCACAUGUCGCGAGAAUGCCACAAGGAGCUGGAGGCUACUGUUGGAGUCAAGUGGGACGUCGAGGUGAUGCCCGGCAAGGCCAACGUCGAAGUGCGACCUACCUUUAUCAACAAGGGUGAGAUCGCCAAGCGCCUCAUCGCCACAUACCACAGCCCAGGAACGCCGAAGACGGAGGAGACCCCCAACCCCGGACCCGUCGAGUUUGCUCUAUGCUUCGGCGACGACUUUACCGACGAGGAUAUGUUCCGUAGCCUCAACGCUGCAACAGGCACCGUACUGGACCCCAACCACGUCUUCACCGUUACCAUCGGUCCAAGCACCAAGGUGACGCUCGCCAAGUCGCAUCUGCUCGAACCCGAGGAUGUGAUCGAGUGCGUGGCCCUCCUUGCCGGUGUCGAUGGCCCCGGCGCCUCUGAACGACUGAGCGAAGUCAACCUCGGCGCGCUGAGCACGGUGGCCGGCCACAUUCCCCAGGAGAAGCUAUGA